CCGGUAUUGAUUCAACCUGCCGCCACAAGAUGGGGCAGCCUGCAGGACUGCUUCGUCAGCCUAAAAAAACUAUUCUCUACAGUAUUGUUGCAGGUCGAGAUUUUAAUGCCGGUACAGCCGAGGAGUUUGAUAUCAUUACCGACGCAAACUUCUAGUGUUAUCUUGUCUUGGAAUCCCAGAGCAAAUUAACAAAGCAAUUAUCAUAUUCCAGAAAGAUUCGGUACCUGUUUUUGAAGAUUACUGUGCAUUGAAUUCGACAAUUUGCAACUAUUUGGAUGUUUAACAUGGGGAGAAGAUAUAUCUACUGCAAUUGGUCCAAACGCCACAUGAUUUCUGGUACGACAGCGGGAUGGGAAUAGCAUAUAUUCUGGAUCCACGCUAACUGGGAGAUACAAUGACCAUGAAAGAGAAGAAAGCUGUUGAAGACUCUUUGUUUGAUUCAGUUGAAGACGAAGCACAUGAGGCAAUAUAUACUGAAUACGUCCAAUGUCUGGUCAACACAUAUAUGGACCGUGAGGGAAACGACCAACCGUUCAAACUGUUGUUGAAGCAAUCUAAGACUGUUCUCCCAUACUGGCUGAUCGGUGGAAUUCGAUACCCUUUACUUCAGAAUAUUGCCCUCAGAGUUUUUUAGUUUGGUUGCAUCAACCGCCGCAUCUGAAAAAUACUCCUCAACUGCUGGACUUAUUCAUCCGGAAUUCAGUGAAAAACGAUAGUGUUACACAGUCAAUUUUCAUCAAGACCAACGCUCCUCAGGUCUGGGAGCUACCGCAGGUUUCUAAUAAUGGCUGUUCUGAUGAGGAAGAACAUCAGGAUAGUUGAAUUGAUGAUGUAGAUUAUUAAAAAGCUUUUGGAGUUUAUUGGCUUCAAGAAAAAAAAUAACCAAUAAACCCAUAUGAUUUG